AUCAAGCUCUGAGUAAUAUCAGCAAGAAAAGUGCUUAGCGGUUUUAAGCGAAUAAUGUUAAUAAGAAGAUGCCUCAACGCGCGCCAUCAUCGUCGAGCUUGAUGCGACCGUUCGUGGUGUUGGCCCUGCCCGGAAUGUAUUUGCUGUUUAAAUACAACCAGUACCGGCAGCAGCAAAUGGAGACCGCGCGGCGGCGAGUCACCGAGCGGGAGCUUAUGCACCUCAACACUAAAAUCGACAAAUUGCUCAAUAAACUGGAAGAGAAUGAGCCAGAGCUUGCCACUUCACCCGAAGAAGAAUGCGUAAUAUGUGUCAACGCAAAAGCAACGAUGCAAACUUCGCCCUGCGGCCACCGAGUGGUUUGCCGUCGGUGCUUCGUGAAGACCAUACAGAUGGCGGUUAGCCAGCGACUGCUACCGCUACGCUGCGUGAUCUGCCGCGCCAAGAUAUUGAGGCUACGGCAGGCGCCUCGUCUUGUUACCAGCAAAAGUUGGCAGGUAUCGAGUGGCAGCGGGAAGUCGUGGUGUGUGCCUGGAUCAGUGUCGAGCUACUCAGUGGGAGCCCGCUCCGUGCCUGCUUCUGCUUCACUAUAUUCCGUCACAAGUGGAGAGUCUUCCCUAUCUGGAGUGUCUUCCGUGUCAUCAAAUAGCGGUGGUAAUGUGAUAAAUGGGUGUUCAACAAAGCUAUGUGGAGGAGCGAAAUGCGGGGGAGCGUGCCUUGGUGCUGUGCCGCGGGCGACCGCAUCCACGACGCCGCCCCGGCCGCGGCAACCUGCCUCCAAUUCUUUGCGACGAUCCCAGCAUCAUAGCAUGAAGGCGAGGCUACAAGAGUAUCAAGUACACAGUUAUACGGGAGGGCCAGCAGGGGAGCCCUCAGGGCGGCUGCCGCCCAUCAGAGAGUUUCAAAGAGAAUUCCGCGAAGGACGACGAGAAAGCGCUGCCACAGCCUCCUCCUCUACUAGGAUAAGAUGUGCACAAAAGAUUGUAACGCAACUAGAAACAUCCCCACAAAAAAAUAAACAACAUUUCUUUCGGCCUCUAAAACCAUCGAAUAAAGAUGAUCCACCCAAGUCUAGAGAUCAAAGCAAAGAGACUGAACGGAAAAAAGAUAACCCCAAAACAAAACCCAAGAAAGAGGAUAAAAAGAAGAAAGACGAUGAAAACACAAAGCAAGAGGAUAAAAGCAAAAAAGAUGAAAGUAGUGACAACAGAAAGAAUGAAAUAGCUGAGAAAAAGAAGGAGGAAAAAUUAAGACUUAAAGCCGAAAAAGAAGCGAAGAAGGAAGCCAAACAGCUAGCAAAAGAAGAAGAAAGACAAGCAAAACUCCUAGCGAAAGAAGAAGAAAGGCAAGCCAAAUUAUUAGCAAAAGAGGAAAAGAAAAAAGCGAAAAAGGAAGCGAAGCUCGCAGCGCAAGCAGAAAAAGAAAAAAACAAAUAAAGAUGCGUUUAAAUUUUUACAUUGUAGAAACUCGUAGCCGUCUUAAAAUUAGAUUCGAAAUUGUUAUUAUUGAAGAAAAGUAAAAACAAUUUUAUUAGCGUAUACUUAGCAAGUCUAUCGUAGUCCAUACAUAACUAUUAAUUACAAUAAAAUGUUAAAAAGUAUUUUUUUACUUCAAUUGAAUAAUAUUCUGUUCAUGCUUUGAUACUAAUUUAUAUCAAUUAUUUUGAUCUCGUUUAGCUUAGUUGCAAUUUCCUCUUGAAAUUGUUAUUUAUAUUAGGAUUGUUGUACAUAGUUUUAAUGUCGAAAAAUGUUAAUAUGAAAAGCAAUCUAAAUACAUAGUUGUUGGAUCAUAGUUGGAACUCUACAAACUGUGAAGACUGAAAGAAUGGGAUAAUGAAAUCAUAUCGUUUUGUAAUUUAAUUAUUUAACAUUAAAGUUAAGAGCUUUGUGCAUUCCAGCACCGCCAAAGAAUUUAUUUAUUACGUAGAUACUAAUUUUGUCAAUCUUAGUUUAUCGGUAGAUAAAGCUUUUAUUAGUAUAAGUUAAGAAUUAUUUUCUUAAUACUAAUGUAAUUAUUGUAGCCCGUAUAGAAAAAAGAUGCCGUUUAAUACCAAUAAUUUGAAAUAUUUCAACACUGGACUGUAUGACAUGCUAAUACAUUAUUAUACUAUGAAAAAUCGUAGCUAAGGAGAAGUACGAUUGUUAGCUGUAAAAAAUGGUUACUGCUGUGGAAUUAAACAUCUACUGUGAUUAACUGUACUAAAGUAGCAAAAUAGUCUUGGUUUACUAAUGGCCCGAAACUGCCUAAACACGAUAAUGGUGAUUAAGAAUUUAAGGGAAUUAUUUUAUUCAAAUCUUAAAUCAAAGGUAGAGGACACCGAACAUAAGUAGGUACAAAGAAAUUAAAACUAUUUACGUCAAAACAGUAUGUAAUUGUAACAAAAAUGUGAUGUACCUUCUCGUAACAUUUUUCCGCUUACUUAUUUAUACGUAUGACCUUACUAGGCGUUAGGACGAAUGGAAGACGUAACAACAGAGGAAAAUUAUUUAAUUUUGAAAUACUAUUACAAGAAUCUUAAAAAAGUAUAGGUACAUGUGUAUAGGUAUGACUUAGUCAUACAAAUAUUCUGCCUAUACGUAUGUAUAGGUAGAAUAUUUGUAUGACUUUUUACCUUUUAGACGUUAUAGGCAUAAUUGCUACCAUAUAAAAUAAACAAACCUUUUUAAGAUUCUUAUAAUAGUAUUUCAAAAUAUAAUAUUUUUCCUCUAUUGUUACGUCUUCCAUUCGUGAAAUAUUCUACCUAUACAUUUGUAUAGGUAGAAUUUUUUGUAUGACAUUUUUAAAUACUUAUUCUAUACCCGGCAAUUACAAAAUAAAAACAAAUAAAGAAAUAUGAAGAUACGAAAUAUCGUAGAUAGCACGAGAGCUGGUGACGGUCUGCAAUAGUUUUAAUUUAAUUUGUACCCGUACCAUAGGCAUGAUUAUUAACUUUGAUUACUAUUCUGAAUUGUACUUAUAGAUUUACUCUUAUAGUAAAAAAUGUAACUAAAAAUAUGCAGUUUAAUUUUACAUUAAUCAAAUUUAAAAAUAUUAUCAAAUAAAUUAAUUACAUGCAUAAAAGCGUGCAGAUUGAUCGUUAUCACCAUGUCCACUAUUUGCCAGGGAAGGCCGUUAAUUAAAGUGUUAGGUGUGACGUAAAGAAUACCACUGAACAUUAAAGUUUUUUCGGACUACUCUAAUGCUUUUGGCUUCGGCUGGCGAUUAACAGCUUCACCGGACGAUAGAGGACGAGUGUAGAUGGCACUCUAAGACCGCGGAAGGACUUAUGUAGCUGCUAAAGACGAACUCUGCCUGACGGAUACAAUUUUAGUCUGAGGGCACCGCUAGUGGUUGGAACCUCUGCUCAGGCCGUCGUAAUUUCGAUCCCCGCUUGCAUUGGACGGGGGAUGGAUCAGAGGGGUAACAUGGCAGAUAAUUAUCAUGUUUCAGUUUGUAAAAUGUUGCUUUUAUUAUAAGAAUUAUUGGAAUCUUUCUUUAACCAUUUUUAAUAUUACCUAUAUACCAUUUAAUAUUAUAUACCCAAUACAUAAUUGAUUCUUUGUUAUUGUUAACACGGCAAUUUUAUGAGCAAUAUCACAAGUUAUACUCAGCUUGUUAUUCAAAUAAUAUAAAGAACCUUUUACUUUUAUAAAGAGACGUUUAAUUAUUAAGUACAUUGACAUAAGUCGGAUUAUAUAGUACAUAAUGGUUCAACCAGUUCUACUAUAGCUCUAAUAAUUUAUUGCCUUAUUUUAUGAUAUAUAAACUCAUAAUCAUUGUUUUCCAUAAUGGUCAAUAGACACAGUAACAUUAUUACCUAUGGUAAUAAGUGUUGUUUAUAAUGCAUCUACUUGCAAGUAGGUAUAAGAUAUUAGCAUAAAUGCUACAUUUUUAUUUGCAUUACAUAAGAUCUAUCGUUAAUUAAAUCUUGACUACUAUUUUUCUUUGCAUUUAAUACUACCUAUUCAAACAUAUUCAUUUUAUUAUAUUACGAAUGGACGAAUAAUGGUUAAUUGUUUACAUUUUUUUAUACCUAUUAUUCUAUACAUAGGUAUAAAAUCCCCGGAUGGUUCCUUAUAAUUUUAAAAAGAACUGACCGCAUUCUCUUAGGCUAUACAUUCAUUUGUGUGUAAUACAUUGGUGUAUAAUUCGGUGCAGUUUAAUGAAAUUAAUGAAAUAUCCGUGCCACGCUAGGCACAUAUACCUAAAAUCUCUUUACUAAGUCACUAAACGUUAAUUUCUAAUUACUUUUUAUAUAUUGCGUAUGCUUUAUAUCUGUACGUAUAUAUGUUAAGUUAUAAAAUAAAACAAA